ACUUCGUGAUAUCCGGACAUCCUGAGCAAAAUGCCGCCAUCCCUGAUUGCCGUGUCCGAGUUCGUGGAGGAGACGCGCUCCGACUACAGCUCGCCCACCACCUCCACCUUCGCCUCCCGGAUGCCCGACUGCCGCCACACGAUUGGCGUUCUCGAAGAGCGAUUGGAGUUUGAUCGGGAGGGUCUAACGAAGCUUAAAAAGGCGGUCAAGGCCAUCCACAACUCGGGAAACACCCAUGUGGACAAUGAGAUGUUUAUGGUGCGGGCUUUGGAGCGCCUGGGCGGCAAGGUCAUCGAACAGGAUGAACCGGACAUUGGGGCAGCCUUCCUUAAGUUCAGCGUUGUCACCAAGGAGCUCAGUGCGCUGAUGAAGACCCUGAUGCAAAACAUCAACAACAUUGUGAUGUUUCCGGUGGACUCAAUGCUGAAAAGCGAACUGCGGGGCGUCAAGGGCGACAUGAAGCGGCCCUUCGACAAGGCGGCCAAGGACUACGAGGCAAAGUUCAUCAAGAUCGAGAAGGAGAAGAAAGCGCAGGCCAAGGAGGCGGGCAUGGUGCGCACGGAGAUUGACGCAGCCGUGGUGGCCGAGGAAAUGGAGAAGGAGCGUCGUCUCUACCAGCUGCAGACCUGCGAGUAUCUGCUGAAGUAUAAGGACAUCAAGACCAAGACGGGAAUCGAGCUGCUGCAGCACCUCAUUGAGUAUUAUCACGCGCUGAGCAACUACUUCAAGGACGGACUGCAGACGAUCGAGCACUUCGGAACUUACAUCGGCGAUCUCAGCGAAAAACUACACGAGAUUAAGCAGAAGCAGGACGAGGAUCGUCGCAGCUUGCUGGACCUGCGAACAGUUCUACGCAGCACCCCAGAUUUCGAGCGGGUGGACAAUGUGCCGUCGUCGGAGAGCCGGAGUGGGGGAGCUGGUUACUCUCUCCACCAGUUGCAGGGCGACAAGCAUCACGGCGUCACCCGGCAGGGCCAUCUCCUCAAGAAAAGCGAGGGCAAGGUGCGACGCGUGUGGCAGAAGCGACGUUGUCGGGUUACCAGCGAUGGCUUCCUCGACAUAUUCCACGCGGACGAGUCCAAGCCGCCAACGCGCGUCAAUCUGCUCACCUGCCAGAUCAAGCCGGUGCCAGAUGACAAGCGAGGAUUUGAUCUGAUUAGCUAUAAUCGUCCAUAUCACUUUCAGGCGGAGGAUGAGGGCGACCAGAAGGCCUGGAUGGCCGUGCUGGUGAACUGCAAAGAGAAGGCGCUGACCAAGGCCUUCCAGCACGCCAAUCCUCAGAUGAGUCCCAGUCUGGUGGAGCUGCAGAAGACUGUGAUCCGCUACGUGCAGCUACUGCCAGGAAACGAUCGAUGCUGCGACUGCGGAUCGCGGAACGAUGUGACAUGGAUAAGCCUGAACUUUGGAAUCCUGGUGUGCAUCCAGUGCUCUGGUGUGCAUCGCGACCUGGGCGUGCACCACUCGCGCAUUCAGAGCCUUACGCUGGACAACCUGACCACGGCCAACCUGCUAAUUGCUCGUGCCAUGGGCAACAGCACUCUGAACGACAUUAUGGAGGCGAAACUGGGAAGGGGCAAGCUGCAGCACGAAAGCAGCAUGGAGGAGCGCUACGACUUCAUCCGCGCCAAAUAUGUGGCCAAGCGCUAUGUGAUGCGCACUUGCUCGGAUGACAACGACUUGCGGUGCGACCUAGAGCAGGCAGUGGUCAAUGCGGACAUGAGUCAGCUGCUCCAGGUGUGGGCGGAAGGAGCGGAUCUCACUUGCUGUCUGCCUAGCUCGGAUGCUGGCGAAACGGCCCUCCAUCUGGCCGUGCUCCGCGAGAUGGGAUCCACGCUGCACAUAGUCGACUUUCUCAUCCAAAAUAUGCCGCCCAAGGGUCUCAACAAGGCCACCAAUCCAGCCGGCAUCCUGGACGUGACGGGAAAGAAUACGGCGUUGCAUCUGUGUGCUCUUCAUGAUCGCAGGGAAUGUAUGAAGCUACUGCUCCGUUCCGGAGCGGACUACGAGCUCAAAAACUCUCAUAACAAGACAGCGCUGGAAAUUGCCAAAGAGAUGGGACACAAUAGCUGCAGGGAGCUUAUUGAAUGUGCCAUUAAGCGGGAGAAGAGCGCCUUCGACCACAUCAACACUGACUGGAACCUGCCCAACGAGGAUGGAUCCACGGAUUUCAGUGACGAUGAGACGGUCAUCGAUGAGCGCAAAUCCCGUUCGCGUCCCCCCAGUUUUGCUGGUGGGGACUCGCCCAUUCUGCGCUCACGUUCCUCAACUUGCGACUCCAUACAGUCCAGUUCUAGUCCAAUCGCCAACUGUCCGAGCCGCCAGUUCACUCUGCCCUCCGGUCUGCCCAGCUAUACACAUUCUGCGGGCACGUCGCCCAAGCAGCACAUCAGCGUCGGGCAGUAUCUGGGCAGUGCCACUAAUGUGGGAGGCGGUGGAGCGGGUAACGGCGGCUCCAGCCCCAGUUCCGCCUCCAGCCAGAGCGUCCGCGCGGCGAGAAACAGCCUGAACAUGCAAAGCGAUCUGGGUGGCCAUGUGGCGGGAGCAAGGAAGUCCACGUCCACGGCCAACAUGAACUCGCUGAAGAAGCGUACGGCCCCGGCACCGCCGCCCGGUACACUGGGCAGCGCAUCGUCCAGCUCCUUCUAUGGCACACUGCCUCAUCCGCCGCGGCACUCGCAAAACUUCGAUGCCAACGAUAUUCGGGCCAUUAAUCACAAGAACCAGUCGCUGGAUGUGGCGUACGGCACGUUGCCACACCUCCGAAGCGUGGAGAGCAGCCCUCGGGGCGGAGGAGGGUACGGGUAUGGAGUAUCCCAGGAUCCGGGAGGAUCGGGCAACGGAAGCAACAACACUCUCAUGCCCGCCAUGACUACCUUUGGCCAUAAGCGUUCGCCCAGCGGUGAGUCGCUAAACAGAAAUAUCCAUUUAGCAGGCGCCAAGCUGGUCCUUCCGCCCACCGGGGAGUUGCCCACGCUGAAGCAUGUAGACAAAUCGGCGCUGAUACGGCCAAAGAUUCCUCCACCAGGGCCUCCACCAGAGCGUGAAAUUUCAAACGGCCAGUCGAACGAGAGCAUCAGUUCAAUGGACGAGGGUCCAGUGGCGCCUCCUCGCAAGCGCAAGCAACACAUCAUCGCACUGAGAUGCCAGUCCAGCGAGGAGACGUUGAUUAAUCAGUCGGCCAAUUUCACCGACUACGAGUCCUGGCACACUGACAUGGACAGCUCUGGCGGCGGCUUGGACCAUUCCGCCGAGUCGAAUGUGUCCUCGAGCGACAACGAUCGACUUAACUCAUCGCCAGACAAUCCAUCGAAAACCGGCGGACCAGGACCAGGCGGGAAGUUCCACUAUAAUGGUCAGAGGCGGUGCCGGGCUCUCUAUGACUGCGUUGCGGAUAACGAUGAUGAGCUGGAGUUCAAGGAGGGCGAGAUCCUGAUCGUGCUAAAUGAGCGCACCGACGACGAGAACUGGAUGGAGGGCAUCAUCGAGGGACAGCCGGCCAGGAAGGGCAUGUUCCCCGUCAGCUUUGUUCAUAUGCUGCCUGAUUAAGCAAUCCAUUGUUUGUGCUGACUGUGUGGCUGCGCGUGAUUGUAUAUAGAUAUAUAUAUUGAUGUGUGUGUAUGCGUCUUUUAAAUUCUAAUGAUA